AUGAAACUUGAAAAUAGAAGGUUGAAGACGAAGCUGAUCAGGAACCGGUCAAUAGGAAGCUUGAAGACGAAGCUAAUCAGGAACCCGUCUAUGGAAUCGUCUCCGAUUGCAGAGCGUGAAGAGGAGAAGCAACGAUUUUUUUUCCUCUGUGAUCUUCCGCGAGGCAAACAAAAUGAAAUCGAAGGCAUUCAAGGUUUUGAUGGACGAAAUCGCGAGGAGGGAGGCACCUUCGGCGGUCGACGAGACCGGAGAGGAAGAGGAAUGGAAAAGGGAAUGUGGUCAGAAUCAGGGUUCCGACUAGAAGCACGAAGUUACAGGUGUUUCAGUGGCAUUCGCUUCAAUGGGAGAAGAAGUGAAGGAUAUAAUGGGGGCUGCUCCGGCAGCUUUGUUAUUGUUUCUUCUUUUUUGAACCGGAAACACACACAAAGGAGGAGGAAUUAUUCACGAACAGAGCAUGGGAAGGAUGAAGGUGGUGACAGGGGCUCUAGUGGUGGCUUGGUCGAACACUCACAGGAACAAGGAAGAAGAAGAGGGAAACAUGUUUCCUUUGAGUGUCCAAUUGUACAAAACAAGACCUAAAAAAAAUCAAGAUUUAGAAGAAACACAAUUGUAUAAUUUGUAUUGUAUAAGUUUCAUUUUUGUAUUUUGUAAUGUGUAUUUAUUUCAUUAUGUAAUGGGUGUGUAUUGAGGUAUGAAUUUAUUGAUUGGUAUGGAU